CCCAGAAACACCCAAAUAUUUCAAAAUCCCCGGCCACCCCACACCCACACCCACACACACUCACACACUACGCCUUUCUCUUUCACACGCACACACACACACAUUAGGCGGGGUGGUCAUCACAUUUAUAUACCACUACACACAUUCAUUCAUUCAUGCCUCUUUAAAGUUAAAUCCCCAGAAAAAACACACGCACACACGCACUGUUCUUUCUGCUUUCUUCUUCCCUGAUUAGGGAAAAAAAAAAAUUAGGAACACGCCCCCCUUCUUGAAUUUAAGUGCUGUGUAUGAAGAACUAUGAAGGAGUAUGGUGAUUAUUUAAUGGGUUUUUAGUACUACUACUAUUACAUAUAUUCUUUCUUCCGCCCCCCUUUUUUUCUAGAACCCAUCAGACGGAGAACAAAUUAGUCCCAUCAGAGUGUUUUGGACGAAUUUCCGUUUCUUCAACUUGUAGUUCUUCUUUCCAUAUAUCGCUGUCCCUUUUCCUAUUCGGACCCUUCCUUUUUGCUCGAAUUUUAAAGUCAAAUUUCCCUUUGUUGGUUUCAGCAUAGUAUAUAUAUAUGUUAGGCCUCUUCCUGCCUCAGAUAUUUAUCUUUCUCUUUUUAGUCUAGUUUUCACCAUCCGAGUCAACUCAGUAGACUUCUGUUGUUUUUGUGAGGAAGAAGACUCGUUGUUGACAACUUACUGUGCUGUUGUGGCUUCUGAGUAGAAACUGUAGAAGUGGUAUUAUAUAAUUUUAAUUUAAUGGUGGGAAUGAGUUGUGCUUUGGAAUCAUGUAGACGGCGGGGAGCGCCGAUAUUUGCUGCUGCUGCGUUGUUGUCGUUGAUUCUCCUCUUAAUCAUUGCUUUCGCCUCCCUACAACAAUCACAAGAUGAGAAUCACUCAAAGGAAUCAUCGAAGGAAGUGCAUGAUGAGAAGCCAUGGAACAAAGCGCCCUUCUCUGCUGUUUCCUCAACAUCAAAAUCACACAGGAAGAUUUUGGUUGCUGAUGAGAAUCGGAGCGCAAACAAAGUGGAAACGAACCGGAUAUGGGGGGACAAGUGUUCAAUAUCCGACGUUGUCAUAAACCAGGGCCCAACUGAACCAUUACCCAAUGGGAUUCCGACAUAUACAGUGGAGAUCAUGAACGUCUGCGUCACCGGCUGUGACAUCUCCGGCAUCCACCUGAGCUGUGGCUGGUUCAGCUCCGCCCGGCUCAUCAGCCCCAGGAUCUUCAAACGUGUCCGUUACGAUGACUGCUUGGUCAACGAAGGGAAGCCACUCAUUAACGGACGUACCAUUUCCUUCCAGUAUGCCAACUCCUUCCGUUACCCGCUCUCCGUUUCCGCCGUUAACUGCUAAAUAUAGUAAUUAAAGCUUUAGAAUUAUUAGGAUUAUUUAGGGAGGAGAAAAGGAAACAGAGUUUUUUUUUUUCUCACCUGACACACAAAUUUGCCAAAAAGAGACAAUUUUGACUUACAGGGAAAUUAAAAUAUUUUGACUUUUUGGGGGUACAAUGUCUUUGUUGUACGUCGUGCUGCGAAAGUCGUACAUUUGUGAGUAUUUGACUUUAGCUUUUUUGGGAUGAUUAUGGGGAUUAGAGAAGGAAUUUGAGGCUGAAAAUUGUAAUUAAGCAAGGGCAUUUUAUAUACUUUGAUGAUUAUUUAUCCUAUGAAGAAUUCUCAAAUGGUGUAGCUAAGCUAAUCCUUCC